AUGUGGGUUACGACGCUAGGAAUUGUAAUACACAUAAUAUUUUUAUCAUCUGUAUUCGAUAUAUAUUUUAAAUCACCAAUUAUUCAUGGAUUGAGCCCUCAUUACAUACCAUUGCCUCCUCCCGCGAAAAGAGUUGUUUUGUUUGUUGCUGAUGGACUGAGAGCAGACAAAUUGCUAGAACUUAAUGAGAAAGAAGAAAGCAGAGCACCUUAUUUGAGAAUUUUAGGUUCCAAAGGAAAUCAUAUAUUUAUUAAUACUUAUGAUGCUAAAGAAGAGGAUUUUGCAGGAGCUGAUUCAUCUAAACUUGAUACUUGGGUUUUUGAUAAGUUUCAUGAUUUUCUAAAGCAUGCAGAGCAAAAUAAAACAUUGAAGCAUCUUCUUUCUGAUGAUCAAAUAAUAUUUUUUUUACACCUUCUUGGUUUGGAUACAAAUGGACAUUCUCAUAAACCAGGAUCACAGGAAUAUCUACAAAAUAUUAAUAUAGUAGAUAAAGGAGUCCAGCAAUGUGUAAAACUUAUUGAAGAUUUCUAUGAUGAUGAUAAACAGACUGCUUUUAUUUUUACUUCUGAUCAUGGAAUGACUGAAUGGGGAUCACAUGGAGCAGGACAUCCCCACGAAACACUUACUCCUUUAAUUGCUUGGGGUGCAGGUAUAAGAGGCCCUCUAGGAACAGGAAAAGAUGUUUAUCAUGAUGGUUUAUCUGAAGAAUGGAAAUUAACAUAUGUACGUAGAGUUGAUGUAAGUCAAGCUGACAUUGCACCUCUCAUAUCAAUUUUAAUUGGUGCACCUAUUCCUAUUAAUUCUGUGGGAGUAUUACCUGUAGAAUAUCUGUCAACAGAUUGGUAUUAUAAAGCUACGGCUAUUAUAACAAAUGUUAAACAGAUAUUAUCUCAAUAUGAAUUCAAAGUAUGGGAAAAGAAAUACACUUCAUUACCUAUAUUUUAUCGUCACUUUAGGGAUUUAUCAACUCAAAGACAAGAUGAGCUCUUAAAAAUGAUAGAUACAUUAAUGAAACAGUCAAGAUAUAAAGAUGCAAUACAAGUUGGCUUAAAACUUAUUGAACUUGCAUUAAAAGGAAUUAAUUAUUAUCAAAAGUAUGAUAGAUUUGCAUUAAAGUAAGUAUGAAUAAAAUUUCUAA